GUGGGAGAUGCAACAAUGGCCUUGAGAACAGCAGGAAGUGUGUUGGUGGUGUUUCUCUGGUCUGUAGCAGGUGUUCUGGGACAAAAUACUGUGCGGAGUGUCUGUGCCUUAAAGGGGUCAUCAGUGGACAUGCACUGUCCUGUUCCCAGUGUGACCCAAGUCACAGAGAUAGUCUGGUUUAACACAUGGUUGAAUCCUUAUGAUCUGAGAUGGGACCCUAAGUAUGAUGGUCGUGUGGAGUACAGUGGAACUACAGAGAAGGACUGUAUCCUGAGAAUCACAGACCUGAGACAGAGUGACAUAACAACAUAUCACUUCAGAUAUAAAACAAACCAGUAUUCAGAAUGGAAAUAUUCAUAUGGAUUCACUCUCAGUCUCACAGAUCUAAAGGUGGAGAGGAUAUAUCACAACAAACUGACCUGUAGCACCACCUGUACUCUGACUGACAACCCCACAUACAUCUGGUACAAGAACGGACAACGUCUAGAUGAGAGCACCUCCCCCCAGUACAAAUACUCAGUCUCCAGUAACUAUGACGAUAGUUACUCCUGUGCUGUAAAAGGCCAUGAGGAUCUCCACUCUCCUGCAGUGUGUGUUCAGGGUCACAACUGCUGGUGGGUGACUUACAGCAAGAGGAGAAUCUGUGUCUUGAAGGGCUCCACAGUGAACAUAUCCUGCUCUUACACUCAUCCCACUAGUUAUAUAGAACAAGGUUCAUUCUGGUUUACACAGAAACACCCUGUAGAUGUCAGGUCAUAUCCAGAGUAUACAGGUCGUGUGGAGUACAAUAGGAACACAGAGAACCACCACACCAUGACAAUAACACACCUGACAGAGAAGGACUCGGCUGAAUACAUAUUCAGAUUAAUAACAACAAAAGAGGGGAGAUUUUCUGGCCUUCCUGGUCUGAUGUUGACUGUCACAGAUAUCCUGUUAGAGAUGGAUCCUACGUCUGUGUCAGAGGGGGAGAGAGUCACACUGAGAUGUAGAACCCAAUGUACAGUCGGUCUCAACCCCACCUACAUCUGGUACAAGAACAGACAAAGUCUGACCAACCCAGUCACCAGUUAUAACAGCCUGAUCCUAGACCCAGUCACCAGUUAUAACAGCCUGAUCCUAGACCCAGUCAGCAGUGAGGAUGCAGGGAACUACUCCUGUGCUGUAGAAGGCUUAGAGAGAAUCCUCUCUCCAGAAGAGACUCUCACUGUCAGAUACGGCCCAAAGAACACCUCAGUGUCACUCAGUCCCUCUGGUGAAAUAGUGGAGGGCAGUUCAGUGACUCUGACCUGCAGCAGUGAUGCCAACCCACCUGUGGACAAAUACACCUGGUACUUUCAAAAUGAGACUUUUCUAAAUGGAUGUGGACAGAUGUACAACAUCAGUAACUUCAAGUCUAAGGACAGUGGACAUUACCACUGUGAGGCCUGGAAUAGAAGAGGAUCUAGGAACUCUACAGCUCUGAUGAUCAUUAUACCAGGGAAACAAACCUCAGUUCUGACUACAGCUGUAGGAAUCAUAGUGGUUGUUCUGGUUCUCAUCCUCUGUUUCUCUGGACUCAUGUGGUUCAGGAAGAAGGCCUCCAAAUCCUCCUCUGACACAAGAGACACAUCAGAGAAUGUACAGGGAGACUCUAGUCCAGUGUAUGAAAACGUCUCAAGCAUGUCCACAGCCCCUACUGCAGCACAGACAGAGUCCACAGUCGACCAGGAUGAUGUCCACUAUGCCAGCGUCCACUUCUCUCGUUCCAAAAACCAGGAAGUGCCUCUGUACUCCACCGUCCAAGUGUCUCAACCCCAGAAACAGGAAGAGGAUGUCCAGUACGAUGCUGUGAAAUUCAAACUCCCCAGUGCUGCCAACCAACCCACGGCAGCACAAGCAGCUGAGGAGGACUCUUCUGAGAUCUAUAGUAGAGUCAACAAACCCAGAAGACCUGAACACAACAAACCCAGAACCAAGAAGACCUGAACGCAACAAACCCAGAACCAAGAAGACCUGAACGCAACAAACCCAGAACCAAGAAGA